AUGGAAUUCACGUUCUACUAUUACACUCCCUCAGCGGCAGCUGGAGGCAUAUUUGCUGGGCUAUUCGGCGUCUGUACAAUCCUACACCUCUACCAACUGCUCCAUACACGGACCUGGUUCAUGAUCCCUUUCGCUAUCGGCGGUGCAUGUAAGAGCCUUCCCAUUGCCAGGGACAUUGCAGGACUAACUCAACCAGUGGAAACCGUUGGGUACAUAGGCCGUGUCCUCUCAUCUACCGAAGCACCCAACUUUACAAAAGGCCCGUAUGUAAUGCAGAGCGCUCUCAUUUUGAUCGCCCCCGCCUUUCUGGCCGCGAGCAUAUACAUGACACUCGGCCGAAUUAUUGCAAUGCUAGAUGCAGAGAGAUGCUCAAUCAUACCACUGCGGUUCUUGACCAAGAUAUUUGUUGCUGGCGACGUGCUCUCCUUCCUCAUGCAGGCCUCAGCUAACGAGACAGGCGCUGGAAUCAUGGUCAAGGAUGAGAAGAGCGCAGAUACAGGCGAGAAGAUUAUCGUCGGCGGUCUGUUCGUACAGAUCAUCUUUUUUGCCUUCUUCGUCCUCACUGCUGCUGUCUUCGAGGUGCGAAUGGCAAGGCAACGAGUGCCGGUUUCUCUUGAACUGCAGAGCAUCUGGCGUAGACAUAUGAUGGCCCUCUGCUUCACGAGUGUGCUGAUCCUGAUUCGCUCGGUGGUUCGCGUUGUUGAGUACCUCAUGGGCUACGAUUCGUACAUGAUGAAGCAGGAGGUUUUCAUCUACGUGUUUGACGCGCUGCUGAUGUUUAUUGUUGUGUUCACUCUGAACUGGAUCCAUCCGAGCGAGAUCAAUUGUGCUUUGGGUAGAGGAAGGACGUAUUUCUGGCGCGUCGUUGCAAUCCGCAAGUUCGCUACACCGACGGUGGAAAUGGAGGAGGGAAGGCUGUCCAGUCAUAAAUAA